AUCCGUUUUUUUGUCCACACGAGAUUUGGCGGGUUUUUGUUCAUCGUAAACAGCACAAAUUAAUAAUUGACUAUCAGACACUGAUAUAUAAAAUACUUGCCGCAAAUUAUUUCUCGGACAAUCAUUUUAUAUUUUAUAAAAUACCAUUAUUUAAAAAAAUAUAAACAAUGGCGAGUGGAAGACUUCAUAUUGGCGGCAAGCAUGUAGCGGAGAAUGUAAACAAAAAUGUGGUGAUUGAAGGCUAUCUAACCAAGCUCGGCAGUGACGGAAAAAAUGUCGAGAUAACGACAUUCGAUGAAACAAAAAUAAAUGUCGCUCUAAAUAAGCCGUACUCUGGUGAAGCUUCCGGUAUUAUGCAGAUACUUGGUAAUGUUACAUCUAAAUCAACGAUUGCUGCCGAGAGUUACCAUCGAUUUGCACCUGAAGAAGAUGAAAGUGCAUUCGAUCCCAAAGACCACACGGAUUUCAUGACCGUAUUGAAAGCUACGGACUUCCAAGACAUUUUGGCAAAGUGUAAUAUCAUAGAUGAUGAAGGCCCAAGUGAUAACGCCAUGCAGACAGAAGAGUAUUACUGAGAUAAGAUUUUUUCCACCGACUUUUUAUUUUUUUUCAUGCCCGCAUUAAUUAUUAAUUUUGUUCUCCUAAGAUAUUUAUAUUAAUUAAAGUAAUUUUAAUAAUAAUAAAAAUAAUACUGAU